CCCAUCAACGUUGCCACAGUAUUCUAUCUCUCUCUCUCUCUCUCUCUCUGUUUCUCUCAUCGCCACUAUAUAACGGCAUAUUCUCUUCCAAUCCUUUUCUCUCUCACUUUCUCUCCCCGGAGUUUUUCUCGGAUGUGAAAAAAAAAAGGGGAUAAAUUUAACCGUUUGGAGUUUUGUGUGUUUCGUUUUUCUCUUUCCUAAAUUUCUCUACGGAUUUCUUGGGGCUGUGUUCGGGGAUUUUCGCGACAAUUGGGUUUCGUUGAUAUUAAGGUGGUUGCUUUUGUUUGGUUGGGAAAUGGUGGUGAAGAUGAUGAAGUGGCGGCCGUGGCCGCCUCUGGUGUCGAAGAAGUACGAGGUGAGGCUGGUCGUGAGGAGGCUGGAGGGGGGCGAUCUGGUGCGGGAGGGCGUAGAGAAGGCGGGAUUGGUGGUGGAGAUCAAGUGGAAGGGCCCGAAGCUGGCGCUGAGCUCGCUGAGGAGGACGGCCGUGAAGAGAAACUUCACAAAGGAGGUGGAGGUGGGGGCCGAGGCCGAGGCCGAGGCCUACCAAAACGGCGUUGUCGUGGAGUGGGACGAGGCGUUUCAGACCCUCUGUACUCUCUCCGCCUACAAGGACAAUGUGUUUCAUCCCUGGGAGGUCGCUUUCACUGUCUUCAAUGGAUUGAAUCGAAGUCAAGGGCCAAAGAACAAGGUUCCUGUUGUUGGAACAGCUUCAUUGAACCUUGCUGAAUAUGCUUCUGCAGCUGAUCAAAAAGAGUUUGAAUUAAACAUUCCUCUCACACUCUCUGGCAAUGCUACUGAGCCUUCUCCUUCACUCUGUAUAUCACUGAGCUUAUUGGAACUGAGAACGACUCAAGAAACCAUGGAACCAGUGCAGAGAUCAGCAGUUCCUGUUCCAUCGCCACCCCAAUCGGGAGAAAUUGUCUCAACAGAAAAGGAUAAGGAUGAGCUUUCUGCAAUUAAAGCUGGUCUCAGAAAAGUAAAAAUAUUUACAGAGUAUGUGUCCUCCAGGAGAGCAAAAAAGGCGUGCCGUGAGGAAGAUAGCAGUGAGGGCAGGUGCUCUGCCAGGAGUGAGGACGGUGAGUAUAAUUAUCCCUUUGACUCGGACUCGCUUGAUGAUUUUGAGGAUGGAGAAGUAGAUGAGGGCAAGGAGGAUUCCAUUGUCAGGAAGUCUUUUAGUUAUGGCUCACUGGCAUCUGCUAAUUGUGCUGGAGGAUCAUUUUAUUCAAGUAUGAGGAUCAAUAGUGAAGAUGAGGAUUGGGUUUACUUUAGCAAUCGGAAAUCUGAUGUUGGGUGCUCAAAAAUUGAGGAGUCAACUGCAUCAGUGGCUGAGCCACCUCUAUUGCAAAGUUCAAAGCGCAGCAUUCUACCUUGGAGGAAGAGGAAGCUGAGCUUUAGGUCUCCUAAAGCCAAAGGAGAGCCAUUGCUGAAGAAGGCCUAUGGAGAAGAAGGUGGAGACGACAUUGAUUUUGAUCGUAGACAGCUUAGCUCUGAUGAAUCUCUUUGUCUUGGGUGGCACAAGACAGAGGAGGAUUCAUCUGCAAAUCGAUCCUCAGUUUCUGAGUUUGGGGAUGACAACUUUGCCGUAGGCAGUUGGGAGCAGAAAGAAGUAACAAGUCGUGAUGGACACAUGAAGCUUGAGACCCAGGUUUUCUUUGCUUCCAUUGAUCAGCGGAGCGAGCGGGCAGCAGGCGAGAGUGCAUGUACAGCCCUUGUUGCUGUCAUUGCCGAUUGGUUUCAAAACAACCAUGAUCUCAUGCCCAUAAAGUCCCAAUUUGAUAGCCUUAUCAGAGAAGGCUCAUUAGAGUGGAGGCACCUUUGUGAGAACGAAACCUAUAAGGAGCGGUUCCCCGACAAGCACUUUGAUCUUGAAACAGUCCUUCAAGCCAAGAUACGCCCUCUUUCUGUAGUUCCUGGGAAGUCCAUUAUUGGGUUUUUCCAUCCAGAGGGGAUGGACGAGGGAAGAUUUGACUUCCUGCAUGGUGCAAUGUCCUUUGACAACAUUUGGGAUGAGAUAAGCCGUGCUGGUUCAGAAUGUCCAAGCAGCCGUGAACCUCAGGUUUAUAUUGUCAGUUGGAAUGACCAUUUUUUCAUCCUCAAGGUUGAGCCAGAAGCUUAUUACAUCAUUGACACGUUGGGGGAGAGGCUAUACGAAGGAUGCGAUCAGGCCUAUAUCUUGAAAUUUGACAGCAAUACGGUAAUUUACAAAAUGCCAGAUGCUGCAGAAUCAUCAGAAGAAAAAACAGCCGGCGACCAGCAGAUUGUAACAACAGCAGCAGAACACAAGAACAGGCAGGGCCAGCCAGCUAACACAAAGGAAGAGGGUUAUGUAGCCAAGCCUGAGGAACCCAUAAAGAGUGAAGAGGAAGAGGAGUUUGUAUGCAGAGGGAAGGAAUCCUGCAAAGAGUACAUAAAGAGCUUCUUGGCUGCAAUUCCAAUAAGGGAAUUGCAGGUUGAUAUAAAGAAAGGUCUAAUGACCUCAACACCUCUUCAUCACCGGUUGCAGAUUGAAUUCAACUACACCCAUUGCUUACAACAACCACAAUGUGAAACGACUGCAGCUGCAACACAAAAUAUGGAAGACCCAUUCUCAGAGGUUGCCUGCUUAGAGGACUUCGUGUAAAAUUAUAGGAAGUGUGAUUACUCUAACUUGUUUUUUCUUUUUCGAUUAUGGGGUGUCUUUUGAUGUGCAUUGUUUUAACUAAGAAGAGCCCAUGUGAUCUUUUUGAGUGGUAUAUGAGAGAGAGAUGGGACUGCAAAUGGAACAGUCUGUAUUUUUUUUUUCAAUGUUAAUGGAGCUUGUGUUGUGUCU